GCAGUGAUGUGGUGGGUGCACCACUUAGCCGAGGAGAAGAGGCAACAGCUCCGAAAGCAGAACGUCACGGUUCCGUUGCUGCCAGAGAGUCCCAAGCUUCACUGUGGGUCAAACGCAGCGGACGGCGUCAUGCUCGGCACAGAUACGAAUGGCGAUGCUGUUGUGGACGAGGAGGCCCAUGUCUGCGCCAAGGUGAAUGAGGCCAACUCCUGCGACUGGUGCCACUCCACGCAAGCUGACCAUGACAAGGGCCUUCCGGGCACGACGCCCCCCGAUGCGCUGAAGAAGUUCACUGGGCCGGACGAUGGCAAUCCUCAAGGCUGGAACAGGACGCGGCGAUGCGAUCAGGACCAGAUACCUCGAUGCCAGCUCUGUGAGGGUGUUGGUGGCAUGGCAUUUGGCGAUGCGAAUGACGACCUUGUCAUCACGCCUUGCAAGCCCAUCGCGAACGCCAGCCAGGUGGACCCCAAAACGGUUGCGAAGCCGUUAUAUCCCAAGAAGUUCACCAUCAGACGAAAGGAUGGCAAGCAGGGUGGCUACUCAGACACCCUCAUAGGCUGGAAAACUGACCCCUUUUGCUUCGGAUUCUUCCCGCAGAAUGACUCCACGAAGCCAAUGUGCUACAGAAGCGAGGACGCUUUUGUCAAGUACUAUGACAUUGAGCGGGAAGCACAACGUGCAGAGUAUACCAUCCACAACGGAGGGCUGUUCUCAGCUUUUCCGAACAUCACAUCUGUCAUCUUACAUGUCAACGACCAGAUGUGGAUCCAGAACGACUUGUGGGGCAUCAAGCAGUGCAUUUGUGCGAAUCCCUCUGGGAACCACUGCACCAAGCCACCAUGCAAAGCAUACGUUCAGCACUGGGACACCUUUGCGAACGCACAGUAUCUCGGCCGCGAGCGCAUCGGGGCG